AUGCAGGUUGUUGAUCAAAAUGGAAAGGUAGCUCAGCCACAUUCAACUACAAAACGUUUUGAUCAUGGAGAUGAUGUUGCAAAUAAGGAACCGAAUAAACUAGUUGCUAUUUCUGGUUUAUCAAGUUUUUCAUCAACCUCAUUGUUGUCUGAAGAACUCGUUAAGAAUGAUGAAGAGUUAAAAAUGUUGAGGGAACAAUUUGAAGAACUUCAGAAAAAAUUUCUAGAAAAAGAUGAAGCUUUAAGAGCUUUAAAGGACACAAUAGCCAAAACGAAUGGAGUUAAUGAAACACUUAGGGAAUUGAAGCAGCAAAUUAUGGAGAAAGAUUCUUUGAUGACAAAUACAAAUCGACAGCUAACUAAUACGAAGAUUAAGCUUGAAGAAAGGCAAGCUGCUCUAGAGAAACUAGAGUUGGAAGUGACAGAGUCAAAUAAUGAUAUAUUUGCAAUGAUCAAGUGA